AAAAAAAACUGGAAAUUGUGACAGAUUUUUGUGACGGAAUAAAUCUGUCACUAUUUAUGAUGGAAUUGUGAUAAAAUUGUGACAGAAUUUGAAGUUUGUGACGGAUUUGUGACGGAAAAAAAUAAUUUAAUUUUCUUUUGUUUAGCUGAUUUUUAUGACAGAAAAGUGACGGAGUUGUAACAGAUAUUAGUGACGAAUUUAGAUUCCGUAACAAAUUACUUUUUAGUAACAAAAUUGUGACGGAUUUGUCCGUCACUUAUAUUUGUGACGGAACAGGCCGUCACAAAUAAAAAAAUAUGGAUAACCGUCACAAUUCCGUCACAAAGCUGUGACGGAAUUGUGACAAUUAUUCCGUCAAAAAUUAAGUGACAAUUAUUUCAUUUAGGCAAAUCGUAUCUCUUCGUCCUUACUCUUCUCAUUCUAACUUUUAGGGUUUGUGUAUUAUAUGGCCUACUCUUAUCAGUAAUCAUUCCUGAUUAGGCUUAACAAUCUUCCCUACUCUUCGUCCCUACUCUUCUCUCUUCCCUUUUAAAUUGCAUUUUCAUUUUGAGAAAUCCACCAUGGAGCGUUUUGAAUUUGUUAAUCCGUCUGGUCUAUUGCAGCAACACCGUCAUGGAGGUUUCUCGUUUAUUUAGAAGCGUUUCUCGUUUAUUGUUGUUAGGCUAUCAAACUUUUAAUAUUCCGAUGAUGACUCAUUACCGGAAGGAUGGACUGUUAAAGUCAAAGUAACAACCGCUGGUAAAAAGUACAAGUGGGAGGAGAGACUCUGGACCCGUUUGUUAUUUUAGCUAAGCCUACAUUGAAUUUACUUUUUUAAAAGAUACAAAGGAGCUGUUGCUGUGCUUUUCUCUUGUUGCGUUUUUCUUCCCUUCUGCAGUUGCCGUUGAUCUUCUUGCCAUUGGUGCAUUUCAGAAACUGAGGUUAGUAAUUAGCUAAAAUUUAUUUGUCUUAGUUGUUAUUCUGAUUGUAGAAACGACGUUAUACUUUUCAAGUGUUUGCAUUAUUGAGGUGGAGAUGCAUUAGUGACGUUAUACAUUUCAAGUAUUUGCAUUAGUGACGUUAUAUUUUUCAAUUUGACUGUUAAUUCUUACAAUUUCAUGAAUUAGAACCUAUACAACGUCUGAAACAUGACUUUUUACAUUUCGAAAAAUGAACACCUCUCAAAUUGAUAGUUUUAAUUUUAAAUAUUUUUGUAUUUGUCUGUUUGAAUUUUUUUAUAUUUGUUAGCUGUUAAAAUAUGUGCUAUUUUUUCCAAAGGAACAGAACAGCUAAAAAAUUCUUAUUAGGGUCUAAAUAAGAACAUGAAUCGAGAAUGGAUGUAUGUUAGAUAUGAAGGUGGAUAUUUGCAUCCACGGUUUAUACAAGGGGUGGAGGAAUUUGUUGAUUUUGCAAAAAUGCAUCCCGAUUGCAUGAAUGGUGAGAAGAUAAGAUGUCCGUGUGAUCAUAAAAAAUGCAGAAACAAGGGUUAUCUUGAGGAGGUUACAGUGAAAUGUCAUCUUGCAAAGUAUGGGUUCAUGAAAAACUAUAAUUGCUGGUAUUGUCAUGGAGAAACUUUUGUACCCAAUAUAAUCCAAGCUACUCCCAACAUAGAUUUAGAACAUGAAUCCCCUGAAACUGAAACAAUUAAUCAUGGCGAUUUCUUUCGAUCAAUGAUGCAAGAUGUCAUUGGUCCUUCUCAAUUUCCUAAUGUAGUGGAAGAGGACCCGAAUUUGGAAGCCCAACGUUUGUAUGACAUGCUUCGGGCAUCUGAACAAGAGUUGUGGGAAGGAAAUCCGGGAGGACAUUCUCAAUUAUCUGCUGUUGCGAGAUUGAUGAAUUUAAAGGCGGAGUUUCAUUUUUCAGAAAGGUUAUAUGAUGAAUUUUGUAAGUUUUUGGCAGAGAUUUUACCUCAAGAUAACACAAUGACUGACAGUUUUUAUAGCACGAAGAAGUUAGUUAGAAAUUUAGGUUUGCCAGUAGAGAUCAUUGACUGCUGCAAUAGGGGGUGCAUGUUAUUUUGGAACGAAGAUAUUCAUCUUAAUGAGUGUAAGGUGUGUGGUCAUGCUCGGUAUAAGAAACUAGGAGGUGCUGGCAAUCGCAAAAAAAACAUACCUUACAAAAAAAUGCACUAUUUUCCUAUCACACCACGACUUCAGAGGUUGUAUGCCUCAAAUUCAACAGCAAAGCAUAUGAGGUGGCAUGGUGAACAUGAAUGGGAAGAAGAUGGCAUAAUGCAGCAUUGUUCGGAUUCUCCAGCUUGGAAGCAUUUUAAUGAGGUGAAUCCCUCAUUUGCUUCUGAGGUUCGCAAUGUUAGAUUGGGUUUGUGCACCGACGGAUUCCAACCUUUUGGACAAACAGGGAGACAAUAUUCAUCUUGGCCUGUAAUAAUGACACCAUACAAUCUUCCACCUGGUAUGUGUAUGAAAGAUGAAUAUAUGUUCUUAUCAGUAAUCAUUCCGGGGCCUAACAAUCCAAAAGAAAAUUUGGACGUUUUCUUGCAGCCUCUAAUUGCCGAGUUGAAACAGUUGUGGGUUGUUGGUGUGAACACAUAUGAUAUUUCAACAAAGCAGAAUUUUCAAAUGAGAGCUGGUCUUAUGUGGACGAUCAGUGAUUUUCCAGCGUACUCGAUGUUAUCAGGCUGGAGUACGGCAGGAAAGUUGGCAUGUCCUCACUGUAUGAGUGAUUCUGAUGCAUUUCAAUUAACUAAUGGUGGCAAGACGUCAUGGUUUGACAACCAUAGAAAAUUUCUACCAUCAGGUCAUCCAUUUAGAAGAAAUAAGAAAUGGUUUAAAAAGGGAAAUAUAGUAGAGGAUGAUGCACCUCAUAUUAGAUCUGGUUCAGAAUUACUAGAUGAAAUUGAGUAUCUUGGCCUACUAAAAGUAACCGAGAUUGAUGCAGCGGAAGUAAAUGCUGGUAUUUCUAAAUCUUUUGGAUGUGGGUGGAAGAAAAGAAGUAUUUUUUGGGAUUUGCCUUAUUGGAGUACUAACUUAAUAAGGCACAACUUGGAUGUCAUGCACAUUGAAAAAAACUUCUUUGAUAAUAUUUUCAAUACAGUGCUAAAUGUCCCGGGUAAAACAAAAGACAAUGCCAAGUCGAGAGAAGAUUUGAAAGAGUUUUGUUGUCGCCCGGAGCUGCACAAAGAUGAAAGCACCGGAAAAUAUCCAAAAGCUUAUUUCACUCUUGACAAAAAAGAGAGAGAAGAAUUGUGUAAAUGGGUCAGAGAACUCAAGUUCCCCGAUGGGUAUGUUUCCAACAUGGGUCGAUGUGUUGACAUGAAGAAAUUAAAAUUUUACGGGAUGAAGAGCCAUGAUUGUCAUGUGUUUCUCCAAAGACUUAUUCCAAUUGCAUUUCGUGAAUUACUACCGAAAAAUGUAUGGCAAGCAUUGACAGAACUAAGUCUUUUCUUUAAAAAUCUAACAUCAACCGUUAUUAAAAGGGAUGAAAUUAUACGGUUAGAGCAAGAGAUUCCCACAAUCUUAUGCAAGCUCGAGCGUAUAUUUCCUCCAAGUUUCUUUGAUUCAAUGGAGCACCUUCCUGUUCAUUUGGCCUAUGAAGCACGAAUAGCUGGCCCAGUCCAAUACCGAUGGAUGUAUCCUUUUGAGAGGUACCUUCGCAGGUUGAAAAAUAAUGUGAAAAAUAAAUCCCAAGUUGAAGGUUCGAUUGCCAAUGCAUACUUAGUCGAAGAAACUGCUUCAUUUUGUGCACACUACUUCACACCUACUAUUCAUACACGGCAUAGGAGAGUACCACGUAAUGAUGACGGUGGAGUUGAUAUAAGAGCAGUUUCGGGUAUGCUGUCAAUUUUCAAACAUCCCGGUCGAUUCAUGGGUCAGGCUAAAUCUCGAUUUUUGGAGCAGAAAGACUAUGAUGCAGCUCAUACUUAUAUUCUUUUGAAUUGCAUUGAAGCUAAACCAUAUAUUGAGUAA